AUGAGAAUAAAACUUCUUAGUGAAUACCUCAGCCUCUUUGCCAUCUGCUUUACAACACUCUUCUACACACGCUGCGCAGUGCACGCCGCUUCAUCACAGACAACAGUUGUGAAACACACCGCGAGCCAUGAUCCCUCCGCGGAUGGCUUCUGGAAACGCAAUGUCCAGUGGAAGUCACGUUGGGUGAAAUACUGGCGGCCGAAAGCGAUCUAUGUGCCCAUCUGGAAGAAAGUAUGGAGUCCGGUGGUGCAGAAUGAGUGGGUACCACUGCCUAAAGUGCCACCAGGCUUGGAGGUGCAUAAGGAGGAUAGUACGAAUAGUGCCGGUUGGAGUAGUAGCAGUGAUGACUACUCGAGUAGCAGCAGCAGUGGUUUGCGUUCGGCCAAAAGCUACAGCGGUUGGAGUGGAGACAGUAGCAGCAGUGGGUCUAUUUAUAGCAGUAGCAGUGCGCACAGUGGUUGGAAGAAGGGCAUCAAACGCAAAUAUGUGCGUGAAAUAGAUUUUGAAUAGUGUUAGGGAAGGGAGUGGAUUAAUGCAAUCUCCUUCACCAAAGACGAUUCGUUGACUUAAUUAGAGUAUAAAAAUAUGUAGUACUCGUACUGCUCGUUAGAAAUAUAUGGA